AUGCCUCAGUGGUUUGCCAAGCAUUCAACAAUGCAGCCUUGAUCGUGCACGCAGGGGGAUCUAUAGCUACUCGUACAGCGCGCGAUUGGCAUGGACAUGCUUACAAAAAUAAAACUUAACACCGAACAUGCCAUUUUGUUAUCAACUUGUAUAACCCGAAAUAUGUUUUGAAGCUGAUUGAAGUAUAUAUAUAUUAAAAAAAAAAAAACAUUUUGGAGCCUCAUACUGGGUUUUGACAUUUGGAGGCCUUUCGCUCUUUGGCAGACCCACUCGGACCCAGAUAAUGGGCACAACCUGGGCAGGAGCGGCCGACCGAUGAUGACACUCUGCUGCACUGUGAACAGCCAUGCUCUCGUCCAAGGCGUUUCCCAGAAGGGUCUCCCUUCUCCGACACUGUGCUUACAUAGGUCAGGAAUACAACUACAUCAUACAAAAGGAAUGAUGGCAUGGACUUGUCUGAACUAUGGCACACCUGCAGGAUAAAGGUGAGGUCCCCCGACAUCUGAUACCAAAAGCAAAACCAAGAUCAAGUAGAUCUACAUUUUAUAAGGAAAAAACAAGUCGAUGAACAACUGAUGGUUUAGCGUCCACACUUUCACCAUGUUGACGAGGUUGCACCAUGGCUGCUGAUUCCUGUAGACUAGUAGACUCUCCGGUGCGGCACUGAGCCCAGUGACCCUAACCCAUGAUGCAGCGUAACGGUGGCGGGGUGGGGGCUGGUGGCCAGCCGUGGGUGCUGCGGCGCGUGCGCCUCACCUGGCUCAGCUUCAUGCUCUUCUUCAUCCUGGUCUUCUUCCCGCUCAUUGCUCACUACUACCUCACCACCAUCGACGAGGCAGGCGGCCCCGACAAGCGCAUCUUCGGCCCUCGGCCCGGCGGUGAGCUGUGCGAAGCCAAGCACGUGCAGGACCUGUGCCGCAUCCGCGAGUCGGUCAGCGAGGAGCUGCUUCAGCUGGAGGCCAAGCGGCAGGAGCUGAACGGGGAGAUCGUCCGACUCAACCUGCGUAUCGAAGCGUGCAAGCGUAGCAUCGACAGUGCCAAGCAGGACCUGCUGCAGUUGAAGAACGUUAUCAGCCAGACGGAGCACUCAUACAAGGAGCUGAUGGCCCAGAACCAGCCCAAGCUCUCGCUUCCCGUGAGGUUAUUACCUGACAAGGACGACCCAGGACUACCCCCGCCCAAGUCUGCCCACGCCUGCCGCCUGCGCUCCUGCUUCGACUACGCCCGCUGCCCGAUGACCUCGGGCUUCCCUGUGUACGUCUACGACACGGCCUCCUACCCCUGGGGUGAGUCUCUGGACCCGCUGGUCAGGCAGGCCUUCGCCACCUCUGUGAAGAGCAGCAUCUACGUGACGGACAACCCCAGCAUCGCCUGUCUGUAUGUGGUGCUGGUGGGGGAGCUGCAGGAGUCUCCUUCCUCCCCCCUCCCGGCCCCCUCAGCGCUGGAGAAGCAGCUGAAGGCUUUGCCGUACUGGAGGUCUGACGGACACAACCAUCUUCUGGUCCACCUUUCCAGGAAGUCCAUGACACAGAACUUCCUGUACAAUGUGAGCACGGGCCGGGCGGCAGUGGCUCAGUCCACCUUUCUUGAGCAGCAGUACCGCGAGGGCUUUGACCUGGUGGUGUCCCCACUGGUUCACGCCCUCUCUGAGCCCAACUUCCUGGAGGUGCCACCCCAGGUGCCCGUCAAGAGGAAGUACCUGUUUACCUUCCAGGGCGAGAGAGUGGAGUCUCUGAGGAGCAGCCUGCAGGAGGGGCCGCCUCAGUCCUUUGAGGAGGAGAUGGAGGGAGACCCGCCAGCCGACUACGACGAUCGCAUCAUCGGAACGCUUAAGGCAGUGCAGGACAGCCGCCUGGACCGGGUGCUGGUGGAGUUCACCUGUAAGAGCCCGCAGCCCAGCCUGCCCACAGAGUGGGCCUUGUGUGGGGAGAGGGAGGAGCGGCUAGAGGUCCUUAAGGCCUCCACCUUUGCCUUGGUCAUCUCCCCCGGGGACGGUCAACUGAUGGCCUCAGCGGGCAACGGCAUGAGGCUGUUUGAGGCCCUGGAGGUGGGGGCCAUCCCUGUGGUACUGGGGGAUCAUGCCAGGCUGCCCUACCAUCAGCUGGUCCACUGGAGCGAGGCGGCCAUUAUGGUGCCCAAGCCCCGCAUCACCGAGCUGCACUUCCUGCUACGCAGCCUAUCAGACAAUGACCUGCUGGCCAUGCGGCGGCAGGGCCGCUUCCUGUGGGAAACCUACUUCUCUACCUCAGAGAACGUCCUGGGCACAAUUCUGGCUAGCGUCCGGACCCGCAUCCAGGUGCCCCCCGCACCCAUCCACGAGGAACCUGCCCAGGAGAUCCCCCACAAGGCGGGCAAGAUGGCGGGCACGGACGCUAACAUGGGCGACAAUGGCGACCUGGACCUGGGUCCCGUGGAGACGGAGCCACCCUACGCCUCACCACGCUUCCUUCGAAACUUCACCUACACAGCAUCCGACACCUACCAGACCUGGAACCGCGCCCCGGGGCCUUUCCACCUCUUCCCUCACACACCGCUGGACCCGGUGCUGCCCUCAGAGGCCAAGUUCCUGGGUUCGGGCACGGGCUUCCGCCCCAUUGGCAGUGGCACGGGUGGCUCGGGGAAGGAGUUUCAGGCAGCGCUGGGUGGGAACGUGCCCCGGGAGCAGUUCACCGUGGUCAUGCUGACCUAUGAGAGAGAGGAGGUUCUGAUGAACUCCCUGGAGAGGCUCAACGGGCUGCCUUACCUCAACAAGGUGGUGGUGGUGUGGAACUCCCCCAAGCCUCCUUCAGACGACCUGCUGUGGCCAGACAUCGGCCUGCCCAUCGUGGUGGUGCGCACGGAGAAGAACAGCCUCAACAACCGGUUCCUGCCCUGGGACGUCGUGGAGACGGAAGCCAUCUUGUCCAUCGACGACGACGCCCACCUCCGCCACGACGAGAUCAUGUUUGGGUUCAGAGUGUGGAGGGAGGCCAGGGACCGCAUCGUGGGCUUCCCUGGGAGGUUCCAUGCCUGGGACGUCAACCACCAGUCAUGGCUCUAUAACUCUAACUACUCCUGUGAACUGUCCAUGGUACUGACGGGCGCCGCCUUCUUUCACAAGUACUAUGCGUACCUGUACUCGUACGUGAUGCCCCAGGCCAUCCGCGACAUGGUGGAUGAGUACAUCAACUGUGAGGACAUCGCCAUGAACUUCCUGGUGUCGCAUAUCACCCGCAAGCCCCCUAUCAAGGUGACAUCUCGUUGGACAUUCCGCUGCCCCGGCUGCCCGCAGGCCCUGUCGCAUGACGACUCUCACUUCCACGAGCGCCACAAGUGCAUCAACUUCUUUGUCAAGGUGUACGGCUACAUGCCCUUACUCUACACGCAGUUCCGCGUGGACUCUGUGCUCUUCAAGACGCGUCUGCCCCACGACAAGACUAAGUGCUUCAAGUUCAUCUAGCCCAGGGCUAGGCCCAGCUGAGAACGUUGGGCAGAACGGAGCUAGAGACUGAGGAACUCGGGCAGGACGGAAGAGAGAGCAGACAAGACUGGUUCUGAGAAAGAGGGAGGUUUUGGGAUGAGGGCUUAAACCCAGGAAUGGAUCUAGGAUGAAUGAGACAGACCACACCUUCACUGGAAGCUGAGAAGAACUUCUCCAAUCAAGAAGCCUUUUCAUUUUUUUUAAACGUAAUUGUAUUCUUCAUCAUGUCGUUCAUGUGUGUUACAUCAUCAACUACUACAGAUUUAAUUUAGCUUGUUAUGGGCCUGCAGAGAGAAAGAGGAGAGGACGCUGGCAACACUGCCUGUCCAAGGACAGUGACUUAACUUGACUCUGCAAGACAAACUCAAACUGGCAUUGUAAACGGUCUGGUUUUAAACUGACACAGGGAGAGAAUGAGACAGUGGACUGUAACGUGGGCCAGCCCUGAGCUCCUGAAUUACUAGCUAGACAACGGACUGGUUUUAAACUGACACAGGGAGAGAAUGAGACAGUGGACUGUAACGUGGGCCAGCCCUGAGCUCCUGAAUUACUAGCUAGACAACGGACUGGUUUUAAACUGACACAGGGAGAGAAUGAGACAGUGGACUGUAACGUGGGCCAGCCCUGAGCUCCUGAAUUACUAGCUAGACAACGGACUGGUUUUAAACUGACACAGGGAGAGAAUGAGACAGUGGACUGUAACGUGGGCCAGCCCUGAGCUCCUGAAUUACUAGCUAGACAACGGACUGGUUUUAAACUGACACAGGGAGAGAAUGAGACAGUGGACUGUAACGUGGGCCAGCCCUGAGCUCCUGAAUUACUAGCUAGACAACGGACUGGUUUUAAACUGACACAGGGAGAGAAUGAGACAGUGGACUGUCACGUGGGCCAGCCCUGAGCUCCUGAAUUACUAGCUAGACAACGGACUGGUUUUAAACUGACACAGGGAGAGAAUGAGACAGUGGACUGUCACGUGGGCCAGCCCUGAGCUCCUGAAUUACUAGCUAGACAACAGACUGGUUUUAAACUGACACAGGGAGAGAAUGAGACAGUGGACUGUAACGUGGGCCAGCCCUGAGCUCCUGAAUUACUAGCUAGACAACGGACUGGUUUUAAACUGACACAGGGAGAGAAUGAGACAGUGGACUGUCACGUGGGCCAGCCCUGAGCUCCUGAAUUACUAGCUAGACAACGGACUGGUUUUAAACUGACACAGGGAGAGAAUGAGACAGUGGACUGUCACGUGGGCCAGCCCUGAGCUCCUGAAUUACUAGCUAGACAACGGACUGGUUUUAAACUGACACAGGGAGAGAAUGAGACAGUGGACUGUCACGUGGGCCAGCCCUGAGCUCCUGAAUUACUAGCUAGACAAUGGACUGGUUUUAAACUGACACAGGGAGAGAAUGAGACAGUGGACUGUAACGUGGGCCAGCCCUGAGCUCCUGAAUUACUAGCUAGACAAUGGACUGGUUUUAAACUGACACAGGGAGAGAAUGAGACAGUGGACUGUAACGUGGGCCAGCCCUGAGCUCCUGAAUUACUAGCAAGACAUUUCACCCUUUGAGAGAGAAACAAAGGCAUACCAUUUGUCAUUGCACAAAUUGUUUUGUUUUUUGUCGUUUAUUUUAUAUUUGUAAACUAAUUUGACAUGUAUUUACUCUACUCUUGUAUAUGAAACCGUGAGAGAAGCACUGAAGGUCGCAGAAGUAUUCUAUUCAAUGAUCUUACUUUUUUUACAUGGUGUUUAGUAGUGUAAAUCUCCAUGUGGGAUGGUCAGUCGUCACCAGAACCUCUUGUUAUUAGCUGACCCACAGAAUCACUAGAACGGGUAAAGGCCCUCAGACCAUGUCAAUUUCACUGUAGAUUAUAUUUCUAUGGGCAGACCUAAACUAAGCUAGAAAGUGGUCUUUGUCAUUCUGUCUUUAAAUGAUCUCAGAUGGAGACUACAGGACCAUUAUGCCACAAGUUCUACAAGUUUACCAGAAAAAUCUGUAAAAUAUUCAUAGGAAACUGUAUUAGUUGGAAUGCCAUUACCUAACACGUUCAUUAAGCCUACAGCAGACUACAUUGGUGUAAAGUCAGACCGUGGCUUUUUUCUGACUUUUUGGAUGUUAGUGAUAUUGGUCUACCAAUGGUUAUUGUUAAAUGUCUGAGUAGUCCUAAUUAAGUGUUCAGUAAUGGAGUAGGGUGACGUUGCCCCUAGAUGCCGAUCUUGGGUCAGUUUUUAACUUCUCCCACUAAUGGUUAAUGUUAGGAUUGGAGAGGGGAAGCUGAUUCCAGAUCUGGACCUAGGGGAAACUUCCAGCAGGAGCAUCAAUUGUACAAGGAAUUGAAAAAUAAGCUUAUUUCGACUCUGAAGAUGUUUUGGUGUUUCUGUCUCUCAUCAUCACGGUCCAAUCAUGUCGAAGGUUACAGUUUCAUUCAGUUUGAACCUUCAAAAGGAGCUUCUUCUCUGUACAGCGUCUCCAUGUCGGUCCCUCAAGUUUCAUUUCAUAACGAUUUCAUGCUCAAUGAAUGUUUUUUUUGCCAAAUAGGUACGAUGUUAUAUGCUGAAAAACAGCACAAUGUUUUGUAAAGUGCACAAUGCAGUCUGGUACCCCCCCGUUAGACGGUACUCUUCCACCUUGGCCACCCCCACCCCCCCGCAAAAAAUAGGUCCCCCCGCUAUGAAAAUGUCAGCGCCCGCCCUUGUACUAUGCAGCCCUUAUUACUUAAUGUACUUUGACCUUUUCUGGCUUCAUUCCAUUCAUUUGACUGGAUGAUAUAAACUAACAAUGCAUCCUUUAUUUGAGAUGAUUCAGGAGAGAUGACAACACUGUUGAUCAGAAAAUAGGAUCGGUCUUACUCUGGGAGGCCACUUUUAUAGAACUCAACAUUAUCGCCCCACAUAUACUUUCUGUAUAUUUAUUUAAUUGAAUAUAUUAAAUGGAUCUUCUAAGGCUUGCUUCUAAAGGGGUUUGUGAAUAGAAAAGACUGCAAUAAAAUGGAAUGUGAUCUUGGCCAUUAGCUCUCAGACAACGGAACCUGCUCCCCCGACUGACCCGGCAUCAGUGCGCCCCAUUACAACACUAACGAAAACCAAAUCAAGUGUUAUUUGUGACAUGCUUUUAAAGAACUGGUGUAGUCUAACAGUGAAAUGCUUACUUACCCUUCCCAACAAUGUAGAGAGAACAAUAGAACGAUAAUAACACGAGGAAUAAAUCCACAAUGAGUAAAGAUAACUUGGCUUUAUACACGGGGCACCAGUACGGAGUUGAUGUGCAGGGGAAUGAGGUAUUUGAGGUAGAUAUGUACAUAUAGGUAGGGAUUAAGUGACUUGGCAAUAGGAUAGAUAAUAAGCACUAUCAGCAGCGUAUGUGAUGAGUCAAGAGUUGAUGCAAAAGGGGGUCAGUGCAGAUAGUUUGGGUAGCUAUUUGGUUCACUCUUUAGCAAUCUUAAGGUUUGGGGGUAGAAGCUGUUCAGGGUUCUAUUGGUUUCAGACUUGGUGCAUAGGUACCGCUUGUCUAUGACUUGGGUGGCUGGAGUCUGACAAUUUUUUAGGGCCUUCCUCUGACACCACCUGUUAUUGAGGUCUGGGAUGGCAGGAAGUUCAGCCCCAGUGAUGUACUGGGCCUCACGCACUGUAGCGCCUUGCGGUUGGAUGCUAAGCAGUUGCCAUAUCAAGUGAUGAUGCAGCCAGUCAAGAUGGUGCAGCUGUAGAACUUUAUGAGGAUCCGAGGGCCCAUGCUGAAUCUUUUCAUCCUCCUGAGGGGGAAGAGUUGUUGUCGUGCCCUCUUCACGACUGUGUUGGUGUGUUGGAUGCCGAGGAACGAGACGCUCUCAACCCGCUCCACUACAGCCGAGGGCUACGGGGCGAAAGUGAUUUAGACGGGUUACCUUGGCAUUCUUGGACACAGGGUCUAUGGUGGUCUGCUUGAAACAUGUAGGUAUUACAGACUGGGUCCUGGAGAGGUUGUUGCUCUUUGUUCCCGUCCUGUGAACCCAUCUGCCCCCGCGGUGAAUAUUAAUUUGUUUAAAGGUCUUACUCACAUCGGCUAUGGCGAACGAAAUCAAACAGUCGUCCGGAACAGCUGGUGCUCUCGUGCAUUCCUCUAGGCGAGCAUUUCGCUCGUCUGGUAGACUUCCGUCACUAGGCAGCUCAUUGUAAUCCUUGGAUGUGGCAGAGCUUGCAAACGAUCGAGUGUCAGAACCGGUGUAGUAGGAUUCGAUUUUAGUCCUGUAUCGAGGCUUUGCCUGGUUGACGGCUCGUCAGAGGUCGUAGUGGGAUUUAGUGUCCCUGCUCCUUGAAAGCGGUAGCUCGAUGUGGCAUUGACUGCACGUUGUAAAACUUGCCCUAAAAUGCAGACCUGGGAUCAGCUCUAGCCUGCACCAAUCUUAACCGGAUCAUUUCAGGUGAAAAGCAAAACUGAUCUGAGAUCAGGACUUUGAGACAACAACAGUCUGGGUAUGUGCUCAGUUAAACCGGUUUUAUUACUCUGGGUCAAUCCAUUUGCAAUAAGGUGCAGUAGCUUCAGUUUGAGCUCCCGAUUUUGCCUGCAUAAUUACCUGGCUCACAGACUUCUGACAUUUCCUGCGGCAGGGAGGGGUCUGGUCGGGUGACAUCUCACACAGUGCUUUGAAAGUCCCACCUCCAUCCUUCUCCUUUCAGUUUUCUUCGGGGCCAGUGGCACAGGAGGUUUUGCCGUGGCAACAAGCAAGGAAAGGGCCAGGAAAAAGCUGAAACUCGUUCCUUUAACCAGGUGUUUAAGUGUUCUGAAACUGUGCUCCUGUGACUGUCCCUCACCCAACCCUGGGUCUUGUUCAUUAUACACCAAACAGACUGAAGCAGAGGGAAUAUAUGGAUUUAGUCCAAUAAGAAAGGCUUGUUUUGAUUUAUUUACAACACUAAAGCUGUUUGCUUGUGUUCGCUAAUGAAUAUGGCCCUGGACUAGCACCUGCAACUACUACUGCCAGCCCUGUUCUGUACCAGACUGACCAAUGAUGACAGGGUAAAACAAACCAUUGAAGGCCAAACAUGGAAUUAAAGUUGGUUAAAAACAUG